CUAUUGACCAAAGUGCUUUUAACUGCAUCUUGUCUUCAAUGGAAACUUCAUUCAUCUCAAUCUCAUUACUUUCUCCCAUUCUUCCUUUUCAUAUACUUCAGACCCUCCUCCGGAUUUAGAGAAAGAAAUGGAUCCCGUUGUCAUGAAUAUUGUUGGCCAGGAUUCCCCCAGAAAGGUGGAGGAAAGCAAGGCAACUUCUUUAGAAGGAAAGGACUCUUCAAGGACAGCAUUUCUCCCCUGCAUUAUUUCCCAUGAAUUCUUCUCACCAGAGGUCUGGAGAGCAUCCGUUGCAGAGCUUCUUGGGACAGCAGUGCUUGUGUUUGUGCUUGACACCAUAGUUAUCUCCUCCUACCAAACCAAAACUGAAACACCAAACCUUGUGAUAUCAUUCUUCAUUUUCCCCACACUCACAAUUCUUCUCCUUGCCACCUUUCCCAUUUCUGGUGGUCACAUCAACCCUAUAAUCACCUUCUCUGCUGCACUAGUUGGUGUGAUCUCUCAUUCACGGGCAUGCGUCUAUGUCUUGGCUCAAUGUGCAGGCGCUGUGCUAGGUGCACUGGCACUCAAAGCUGUGGUAAAUAGCAACAUUGAAGAAACAUUCUCCCUUGGAGGCUGCACCCUCAGUGUCAUUGUUCCAGGCCCUGAUGGGGCUAUCACUGUAGGUAUCAACACAGGGCAGGCUUUAUGGCUUGAGAUAAUAUGCACAUUUGUGUUAUUGUUUGCUUCAGUAUGGAUUGGAUUUGAUGAUCGCCAAGCGAAGGCGCUGGGGCUGGUUCUGGUUUGCUCGAUCAUUGGAGCUGUGGCUGGGGUUCUGGUAUUUGUGUCGACAACAGUUACAGCAACCAAAGGUUAUGCUGGUGCUGGGAUGAACCCUGCUAGAUGUUUGGGGGCAGCACUGGUUAGAGGGGGUCAACUCUGGAAUGGCCUCUGGGUUUUCUGGGUUGGUCCUGCUAUUGCUUGCUUGCUAUUCCAUGUGUAUGUGAAGACCAUUCGAGAUCUGCCACCAUGGACAGAGUUCCUAAGUAAGAAUGAACUGCCAUGAUUUUUUUCACAGCAUAUGCAAACAUGCUUACUGUCUCUAACUUUGAUUCAGGUGUGUAGAGCUCCUUCCUUGCCUCUUUGAAGGCCUUUCUGGGUGGGAAAUGUUGUAUGAUUGCAUCCAUCUUUUUGUAUAUGUAUCUACUACCUAUCAAUAAUCCUA